CUUGUUAAACAAAAAAGCGUCGUCGAGAUUUACCUGUGCGAAACAGUAAAGUAAACAAAAAGUGAUGGCCACUUCGAUUCAGCAGCACGUCAACAGGCUGAACGUAGCGAGAGAGGCGGAACUUCUGCAGAGUUUCGUCAGGGUAAAUGUGGAUGAUGACGUUGAGGUCGAUAAUGGUGGCAAAGAAAGGAUUAACUUGCCGCAAGAAGCGAAAAAGGACGACAAGGACGAAGGGGACGUUGCCAAGGCCAAAAACGUCACUUUUGACGAUACGAAUAGGCAGCAAGAAGGUUCUUCAGCAAGCAAAGAGUUCAAGAAAAAAGUCAAACGUCGUAGACGUCGGUCUACUCGUCACGAGGAGCUCUACUGCGACAAGGACCGCGCAGCCGCUGUUAACUUGGGAUCCAAGGACAUCAAGCAGUCGUUGAAGCUGAAACGGAAGCAGGACAGAUCGGAAAUCCUGCAGAUACCGGAAGAAGCCGAGCCUGCCACGUUUCUAGCUCUGGGGAAGCACGAAAUGAGGAGAGGGGACUUCCGAAUCUCGUUCAACUUUAUUUCAAAGGCUUUGGAACUGAACCCCUUUGACAAAAACGCCUUGGUGGCGCGCAGCAAAUGCCUGAUACUGAUGGGACGACCCGAGGAAGCCCUAAUAGACGCAGAAACGGCCCUAAAAGAAGACCCAAAAUUUCUCAGAGCUAUAUAUCAAAAAGCCGAAGCCAUGUAUUAUUUGGGAAACUUUGAGCACAGCCUUAUGUAUUACCACAGGGGAUUGCACAUCAGGCCUGAUCAUGAGGGCUUCAAAUUGGGGGUCCAUAAGGCGCAGAAGGCCAUAGAAAAUGCCCUGGGGUCAGGGUUUGGUGGGAGAGUUAGCUCUGGUACUACCAGUAUUGUUGGAUCUUUAGAUUCUAACCCUACGAGUAGUGGUAGUAGUAGAAGUAAUUCAGGAUCUAUACAGUCUACUCCUAAAUCUAGAAGCAGUAAAAUAUCUACCCCUACUACCAUUAAUAAUAAUAAUAAUAAUAAUAAUAAUAGUAAUAAUAAUGUUCGUAAGUUAAAGUCAACAAAAGACAGUAGACUUUUAAGAGAGUUAGGGAAAGAUAAGGAAUAUUUGGAUAGCCUCAUAAAUAAUCCAAACAUAAAGUGUAAAUUUAAAGAAAAUGAUGACAAAAUUGAAACAUGUAUCAAGGAAACUAUGGAUUAUUUGAACAAAAGGCAAGAAUUUUGGAGGCAACAAAUGCCACCAAAACUAAAUUAAGAAAAAAAAUUAAGCGGCCGUUGCUGCUAACACAUUAAUUUCAUCAUUUCCACCUGUGACUGUUGCUCGACGAACUCUUUUUUCGGUUGAACACUCCCGUUUGUAGUAAACUGCUUGACUGUGCGGUGAAAUGAAGUACGCGAUCGAAUUUUAUCCGAAAAACGCUGAGCGUAGAUAUUAACGGCAUCAUCAAGAUUCCUG